AAAAAAAAAAACAAGAGGUUGACCCGGAAAGAUGGAAUGCAGCCAUCAUCUUCCAGGGAGUGGACACUGACUAUCCAGCACCUCGGUCCAACCACCAGGCUCUAUUCGCUCCACUCAAAUCGACCGGUCAUUCGAAUUUAUCAGGAUGCGUUAAUCAUAGGCACCAUCUCAGUCCUCAUCACGUGUAUGACUUGGCCCUCUCUUCCGGCGUUGAUAUUAUUGAUUUUCGCGAUUGCUUGGAUUUACAGGAAAUUGACCAAAGUGUACUCAGAAAGCGUUCUAAUCCUGGGUCCCUUAGGCAUCCAAUUGAGUUCCACAAACCUCGUGAGGGUGACACGCCGAUUCGUUGCACGUGAACAUAUACGCCAAGCAAUCAUUCAUGAAGCCAUUGUAGGCUGGGAUAUUGCUUUCUAUCUUGGAUUGAUCAUUGAGCCUGACGGAGCUCCAAUGUAUAUUCGACAAGUUUUUAAUCAUCUUCAACCUCCAGUGAAGUAUUUGGUAACCGUUUGGAAAGGCAUUAGGGAGAUUUUGUUCCAGGAGGAAAUUCAUAGAGUUGAUCAUACUGACAAUAGUCCUCUCGGGGGCGUAACAUCACUCAAACUCUCACCUGAUCUUGAAGAAAAUAAGCCUUGUCCUUAGUUUCGCUGAUUAUAAAUAAAUAUUCGUUGUAGUCUUUGAUCUUCUGCAUAUUUUCCUUCAUCUUCAAACACCUAAUACCUUUGUCUGAAUGUUUUUUCAAGCAAAUGUGUGUAAACUUCAUGUGUGUCACCCCUAAAGUAGUAGCUUUGUGCUCACAGGCCUCGAUAAGUUUGGUAGCCAAGGGAUUUUCUACCUUGCACAUUUGGAAGAUUUGUUUUUAUAUGUAUAUAGCUGACAUUAUUGGUUUUGAAUGGACCAUUUUAUGUAUUUACUCGUCUUGACUGUCUGGUAACCAUAAGAAAACACAAACCU